AGUUCCCCACCGAAUGCAGAGGGAGGUGGGCUUGUUCGAAUUGCUCGGCGCAUUGUUUAUUUUUACAAAGUAGGGUUAAGUUUGACAGUCGAGUGAAAAACGUGUGCUGCGGUGCUGUGCUUUCUGAGUGAAACAGUGAAUAAUUUUCCAGUGAUUGUUGACUAGAUUAAGGAUUAACCAAUGUCAAAAUGGCCUUAGCUAGGCUGCCGGUGGUGAGUGAUUGCUCGGCCGGCCAAACGGCCCGAGUCAGCUCCAACCUGCAUCCCACGAGUACCAUGGCCGUUAGCCGCGUGCCGAGUCCACCACCCCAGGAGGUAAACACCCCAGUGGCAGAGAACUGGUGUUACACGCAGGUGAAAGUCGUCAAAUUCAGCUACAUGUGGACAAUAAAUAAUUUUAGUUUCUGUCGUGAAGAAAUGGGAGAAGUUUUAAAGUCUUCGACGUUCUCAGCAGGAGCCAACGACAAACUAAAAUGGUGUCUGAGGGUGAAUCCCAAAGGCCUGGACGAAGAAAGCAAAGACUAUCUUUCACUGUACCUUCUUCUUGUGUCGUGCAAUAAGAGUGAAGUUAGAGCCAAAUUUAAAUUUAGUAUAUUAAAUGCAAAAAGGGAAGAAACGAAGGCGAUGGAGAGUCAGCGGGCGUACAGGUUCGUCCAGGGCAAGGACUGGGGUUUCAAGAAGUUCAUCAGGAGGGAUUUUCUGUUGGACGAAGCAAAUGGUCUUCUGCCGGAUGACAAACUUACGAUAUUUUGUGAAGUCAGUGUUGUUGCUGAUAGUGUAAAUAUUUCUGGCCAGUCGAAUACGAUUCAGUUUAAAGUGCCAGAAUGUAGGUUAUCGGACGACUUAGGUUUAUUAUUCGAAAAUCAAAAAUUUAGCGACGUAACUUUGUCUGUAGCCGGUAGGGAGUUCCAGGCACAUAAAGCGAUAUUAGCAGCGAGGAGUCCUGUUUUCCAAGCCAUGUUCGAACAUGAAAUGGAAGAAAGAAAACACAAUAGAGUAGAUAUUACGGACGUAGACCACGAAGUAUUACGGGAAAUGCUUAGAUUUAUAUAUACAGGAAAAGCAUCAAAUUUAGAGAAAAUGGCCGACGAUUUAUUAGCGGCUGCGGAUAAGUAUGCGUUAGAAAGACUUAAAGUGAUGUGUGAAGAAGCGCUGUGUACGAAUUUAUCAAUAGAUAAUGCCGCCGAAAUCCUAAUAUUGGCAGAUCUGCAUAGCGCAGAUCAACUGAAAGCACAAGCAAUAGACUUUAUCAAUACGCAUGCGACAGAUGUGAUGGACACACCAGGGUGGAAGAGUAUGAUCCAGACCCAUCCCCACUUGAUUGCAGAAGCGUUCCGUGCGUUAGCAACGCAACAAAUACCCCCCAUAGGUCCACCUCGGAAAAGGGUUAAACAGAGCUGAAGCUCGUGAUAGUGCCACAGACUGCUAUCGAUGUGUUCACAAUAAGACACUCUAUGAGUGCUGUUGUAGUAUAGUAUGACUAACAUUUUGUUAAAUCAUCAAAAUCCUGUGUAAUUUAAGUUUUAAAGUUUUGUUUUUUAGCACAGUGAGUUUCUCUGGUCAAUGUUGAUCUGAUAUUUCUAUAUUUGGCAAGUGUCUUGCACUUGAAUAGACAGUGAGAGCUCACUGGUUGAAUAAACAAAAAGAAUUGUGAUAUAAAUGACCACAGCUUGUUCCUAUUGGGGGACUUCUCAACCUCUUUUUAAUUUAAGUUAGUGUUGUAUUUAAUGAUCUCUCCGGAUAAGUUAAGGUCAAAAAGAGAGCAGAGUUUGUCAAGAAUUCAAUUGAAAUUACUAGGCGUUUGUACAAUGCAAAAUUAUCACUUGUACUGAAGUAAUUCAGUUAUUUUUCGUAUGUUUGUACGUUUUCAUUUUCUCGGUGAUUCCUUCCUCGGUUUGAAUUUACGGGCAACGUUCGUAGGGGAUUAUCGAAAAUUCAAAAAUAGCAGCAACAAGUGAUUUGUAAUAUAUUAUUAGUUAAGUAGUUAUGACAUUGGACGGCUGUCCAUAUUCUCAACAAGUUUCGACUUCAAAAUCAAAUCAUUGGUGCGACGUAGUGGACAGCUCACGACGAUUUAUAAUUUCGACGUGGACAUGUAAACAAAACUUAAACAAAUCUAAUUGUGUAAAUAGUAGUGCUUCGAAUGUCAUAGCUAAAGAAAGUUGCAAAACUUUAUAGAUACAGUUGUCGUUCGUCAUUUAGUAAGACAGUGUCAAAGAAGGUUGUUUAAUGGCUUACUUUAACGGACUGUACAGUAUUGCGCUUCUGCUUCCUGUCCCUGCCUCAUGGCAGUUUCACCCUUCGGUAUUGAUAAUAAUAAAACAUGCCAUACAUGUUCUGUGAUAAGCCCAUGAUUUCUCGCUUCAUUGUGUAUUGUUGAAUUGUUAUUUGUAUUAACGAUUUCGUUUACGUUUGAACUAGCACUUAGCUUUCUUCCGGAACCAAUGAAUAAUAAUGACUAGAUAGUUUUUGAAACCUAAGUACAAGACAAGUGUUACCUCAUCAUUAUUAUAAAACUUUCUUUCUGAUCGCCCUUUGUACUGAUUCGUUUGUCACUCUGUACUUAUUUCAGUACACGAGGUGCUAACAUGGCGGUUCACAUGUGUAUUUCACUGAUAGAAUUACAUUAUUCAUGAUCAUUGUUUCCAUUUUACUUUAAAUCAUAGCACAUAUUUAAUAAAAUGCAUUUUCAUGAAAA